AUGUGCUUUUUCGUUCUGUGGAAGCUGAUCUGCUAUUUCGACGAGGACGCUCUCGAUGAGCGAACGAUGAAGUCCAAGUUUGUUUUCUGGACCGGGGUCUUCCCCGUUCUCAGCGCAAUGUUGAGUAUCUUAGCGGCUGUGGCGGGGUAUGUGUUUAUUCUAUAGGAUCUUCCUUUACCCAACUCCAUCUUACUUUAGAUACGUGAUGGCGGUGUACUAUGGCCAUGAAGAUCCUUACGUUUCCUUUAUAACGGAUAGUGGAAGUCUAAGUCCGGAGAGUUGCAUCUUCGGGAUUCUCUUGAAUCUGGCGGCCUUCUUCUUCUUCCUCACCACCAUUUUCAUCCACGUCCAAUUGAAGACGUUCUUGCAUGACAACGAACUGAUGAAUGAGACUGUCCGACAGAUCACCCGUGUCAUGGUGUUGUUGGGAUUACUGAGUGCUAUGGGUUAUAUGAUGGUUGCUAACUUUCAGGUAAAUUUUAUGUCAUUGCGGGCAUUUUAAAGGUGUGAUAUUGAGAUCAUCAUAUCAAAAUAAGAUGUUUUGAUCAUUAUUUUAGGAGACGAACGAUCUUUAUGCACACUGGAUGGGAGGACUAAUUGCGUAUGUGGCCGCUCUUUGUUAUUCGAUUAUGUGGACGAUUGCAUGCUAUAUCCGGCGACCUUGCUUAACUCCCAAAUCCCUGACUUUGUUCCGCGGCUGUCUGAUCCUGCUGAGUUUGGCGGCCAUUUCGGUGUGUAAGUUGAGGCAGGCAGGGAGUAAUGUGUAAUUAUAGUCAACAUAACCUUCUACUGGGCGCCUUUUGUCUAUUUUCGGGAUUCGAAUGGUUUGAAACCCGGACCGCCGCUCUAUCCCAUGCAAGGAUUAAUGCGCGUUUCCGAAACACAUCCGGUAAGGUUGUGAUGGGGUUGUAAGGGAAAAGAGAGGGCUGGGAAACUGGAGGGAUUAUUCAGUUCCCGAUAGGGAUUUGAAGGCAACUAGUCAUUACUCUCUGAAUCUAAUAGUCAUGUUGUUUUGUUUUUCUCACGACAAAUAACCCAAAAAUUAAUGUUACAGCACUCUAACCUUUGCAGUAUUACACCAACGAAGUUGUGGCGGCGAUCUCCGAAUGGCUUGGCGUAUUUGCUCUUCAGGCUUUGAUCGUAACUUUUGCCUACGAAAUGGGACGAAUUGAUAUCCGAUAUCAAACCGCAUAG